AUACGACAUAAACAACAAGUACUUUUGUAUCAAUCUGCACAAAUAGAAAUAAUAGAUAGCUCAAUUAGUAAUGCAGCUACAAUGCCAAUAACAGAAAGUAAAAAGAAUGUUCAAUUAAAUAAUAAUGAAACAAGCUAUUCUUCUAACUCAUCUACUAAAUUCAAAAAGACAAAUACUGAGAAAAAAUUUGAAUCCUUGAUUGAAGAAAGCCAUGAAGAGGAUUCUUCGUCUUUUGAUGAAGAGGAUUUUUCAUCUCUUGAUGAUGAACUUGAAACCUUGAUUGAUAUUGAAGAAGUAUGA